GCCAUGGAUGUCUGAUUCGGAGCUAUCAUUUGGUGCGGUAAUUUUCUAACACUUAUUAGACGCGAGCCUUUGUGAAUUCGCAUGAGGCGAUAAGUACUGUUAGAAUGAUACAUUGAAAGUGGAUUGUAUCAGGAUACAUUAUUUAGCUGACUUAUCCAUGGUCCAGGUUUCGUACACCAAUGUUCCAACCGAACUCUUCUGUCUCAAGGAAAACUCCCUUCGAACAGGCCUGGGAGGAGUAUUGCACAACCAUCAACUCAUCUCAGACCAAAAAGGUCAAAUUCAUCGAGGAAUGCUCCAAGUUUGCCUCGGAAUGGCGUGAUCCUGUUACAGCCAUAAAUGAAGCUAUUGCAGAGGUGGAGAGUCAGAAUGAUCAGAAACAAUCCCGGAAGAUGGUUCAUAUGUAUCUGCUCCCAUUCAUGAAUGCCCUGACUGGCUUCACCGGUGUCGUGGAUGCAUUAACCCCCCUGAAUCCGAUCACAUCGAUCGUCUGGGGCUGUCUCAAGGUUGCUCUCAAUAGCCUUGAUCAAUUCGCGAGACUCUUUGAAACCAUCCGCUGCGAGUUGGCCUAUCUCAGUGAUCAUCUAGAGAAUAUUGCUAGCUAUGGCGAUCUGUACCGAAAAAAACAAGAAACGCAGACGAUCCUCUGCAAUGCUUACAUCAAUGUUAUCCGCUUCUGGCAUAGAGUUGAUAAAGAAUGCACCAGGUCAGGCUUAGGACCAAAGUUCGGGACACCUUUUAGCACAAAGAAGUUGGGAGGCAUCGUAAGUGAUAUAUGUGAGGACGUUGUGAAGAUCAAGGCAUGCGCCAACCUGCUUUAUGACCAAGAGUUGGGGGAGGACCGUCAGGUGAAUGAAGUAGCCCGGCGGGAGGCGGAAGAAGAUUGGAUCAGGGCAGAAGAUCACCGCCGGUUUCAGCGGGAGUUGGAUGAAGCACACCUGGACACAGUCUUGGAUUGGCUGUCACCAAAAUCUUUGGACAAUCAGUGUUUCGUACGGCAAGAGAAGAACUUACUUGGCCGUAGCCAAAUCACCUGCCAAUGGCUGUUUUCCAAUGACAAAUUUCUCCAAUGGCAGAACAAUCCCAAAUCAUCACCGAUGUUGUGGAUCUAUGGCCUGCCUGGAUCCGGGAAAUCGACCCUGUGUUCGAGCGCCAUCGAAUUCCUAGCCAAAAAUUCAGGAUCAAAUGUAGUGAUUUAUCACUUUUAUGACCUUGCGCAACAUCUUUCUCCAGAGCAGACAUUGUCUAUUCUCGCAACACAACUCCUCCUCCAAUACCGCCAGCGCCUGCAGAAAAUUAUACACGCACCCGAAUCUCUCCUCGAAAGGGUUCAAAACGUCAUCAAGAUGUUAAUCGAGGGAUAUUCGAGGAUCUACUUCUUUUUCGAUGGUCUGGACGAAGAGAUGACGACGAAGAGUUCGUGGGAUGAUGCUGUAUUAGUGCUUCAUUUUCUCGCCAAGCUCGCAGGCGAUUCUCCUACCAGAGUUCGUGUCUGGUGUAGUAGCCAGCGCCAGGACUGCAUUACCAAGGAACUCCAGGGGUGCCAUAGCCUCGAUAUUGAUGGCUACGUGAGGAGCGAUAUCGCUUUGUACUUAUCAGAACAGGUUUCCAAGCUUUGGCCAUGGUCGAGUCCUUCUGAGCAAGCUUGUAUCCUAGAGACGCUGAAAAGUCGUGCCGAGUGUAGUUUUAUUUGGGCAAAGCUCAUGAUAGAUGCCCUCGGAGAGUGUUGGUCGACCGCCAGGGUGGAAGAACAUCUCAAAGCGCUCCCAGAGACUCUGACAGAGUAUUAUCGCAGAUUCUUCGAGCGUAUAGAGAGGCUCUCGCGCCCACUAGCUUGCAAAGUUUUUUCACUUGUUAUUUUUGCCCGACGUCCUUUGCGAUUGGAAGAACUUACCGAGGCUGUAUGGUGCUUGGAGAGUGAGCCCUACGAAGAAUUCCAGCACAAGGCCAAGCCCAAUAUCAACAGCAUACGUACCAUAGUCCAACCCUUCAUCGAAUUCAUCAACAUGAAUAGAACAGAUGAUUCUUGCACUGAGGAGCAGUAUACCUGUCAUAUCUUACAUUCCACCCUGCGCGACUUUCUUGUGGACCAUCCGAACAUCCUGUGCGACAAUUCCUCAGAUUUUCUCAUUAGUGCUGAGUGGCCGGCUCGUGCUUGUUUACGUUACCUGUGUCAAUCUCGAUAUUCUGGCCUACUAGUCAGACGGAAGGGAAAGUGGCUUGACGCGGUGGGUGACCCAGUGGAUCGUCACCCUUUGCUUUUGUACGCAGCAAAGUACUGGGACAAGCACCUUGACGACGUCACUAUUGCGGACAUUGGUAGUGUUGAUUCCUUCAUCACUUCUCCCAACUUUCGGACCUGCAUGCAGGUCCAGAGCCUAUGGGUAGAGGCACAAUUUUCGUUCCUCUCCCGUCCCAACAAGGGCGAUGGCUUCAACACAUAUGUUCGGCAAGUCCCGUUUUGGUUUGCACGAGCUGAAACCGGUCCUGGUCAAAAGCUCUGGACAGACUACUGCCGAUUUUUACGCGAGUGGAUAUAUUUCCUCAGCUGCGAGCAGUGCGGUGGGGAAAAGACAUGCGAAAUACUGCCAUACAUCGGACAAUUGGAUCGCAUAUGGUUCGGAGCUCUUGGUCCGAGCAAUUUCCUGUCUCGGUUGGACGCCAAAUGCACAAGUUUUGCUUUCCAAACGGAUGUCGAUCCUGAUGGAGUCCAGUAUGUUUUUGAUGCGGUCAGUGAGGCAGGAGACGAAAUCAUGGUAUUACGGAUACAGGUAUCGAGGCCAGAAGCUUGUGUCAACAAAACAUCCAUCCUCGAAUGCUCUUGCGAGAGCUGGUAUCUAUCUAAAGAGCACCCUCCAAAACUCCAGAACAAGCAGACUAUACAAAUCACCGCCCGUAGUUGCAACUGGGACUUGUACACGAAGUCUGUAACCGACCCUGCCUUACAGACAGGGAAGGCUGCGCCAGCUGCUUUUGGACCAGAUUGUCAAACCCUCCGGAUUGGCACCCAGCUGUACAGGCGAGCCAAUAACGGCACAUUUGUCGCCAUUCCUGCGCAAUACUUUCGGUGCAAUCUGCGUUCCACCUACAUCGAGGAGUUUGCACGUCGUCGUCAGUUCCUCGUUCUCACUUCCCGGGUGAAAAUCUCCAAAAGAGAUCUCAAAGUGAGCCAGAACAAAGCAGACAGUGCACGUGAUGAAGACGAUGACCGAGAUAAAAGUGCCAAUGAAAAUCUACGGGUAGAAAGGGAUGAGGAUUCAGAAGAUGAAGACAGUUCCAUAGAGGCCGUAUCAGAUUCAGAAGAUGAGUUCGAAGGCGAAACUGAGUCGGAAGAUUCAGGAAACGAGAGCACAAAUGAAGGCUGCACCGAUUCCUCGACUUAUUUCGAAUUUGAAGACAAUACGCUCUCUUCAUGGACCAAUCAUGUUGGUAGCGAAGACACAGACACCGACUACGAGAGCUGUCGUUCCUUUGAUAUCAAUGGUUUCGGUGUUGCAAUUGAUACCGACUCGGAGGACUGCAAUGACAUUUCCGAAUACGAAGAGGAUUUAGAAAGUAGCUCUGACGAAGAUGAAGAUGUUCCCAUCCCAUCCGAAGUGUUCGGCCAUAGUUUCUUUUGCAACAAGGAACGAAACAACUGGGAGAGACUCUCGAGUAAACGCGCAAAGAAGCGAAAGGCUCAAGCAACCAUCACCGUAUUUGACACUCAAUCGUGCAUUCGUCUCUUCCGCCUGAGGCGGCCAAUCAAGUGUAGACUGUUUGCUUCUCCGCCUGUCUUCCACCCCAUAAAGUCCCUGAUUGUCUGGCCACUUGCCGAUGGCGACAUCCUGUUUGUGAAUUACUUGGCCAAAAAGUACUUUACCUGGCAGCUGCAGCCAUCAACUCCCCACACGGGUCGUGUCUUCAUGAAAAUCCAUUUUUCUGAAUGUGGUAAAUUUUUGCAUAUUGCCACUCUUGAGGCACAAGGGCAGGCUCCAGAAUUGAAGGAUUCAGAACCCCUGCCUCCCAUCAAACUAGCUCUCAUCGCGUGCACAUACCGUCUCUCCCAGAGAAAGACUGCCAGGUCACCCCCUCAGCAGAUCCAUCACAUGAAGCUAGCGUUAGGCCAAACCACACGACUGCAUGUAUCAAAGAUGCCAUUCACGCUCACUUGGACAUCAAAGGAUCUCUACUUCAGUUGCAGUAGAAAGUCACUGCAAGUUUACCGCAUUCCAUUGUUUAGUACAACAGAAUAUAUGGCUGAGGAGGACCUACAGCCCGUAUGGACACCUCGAAAGCCUUUUUUUCUCCCGCACAGUGCAAGUAGCCGAGCGGUAUACUAUUUCCCUCCUACGGAGAAUAAGAGCGGCAAGGCGCAAUUGCCCGCCCGCAUCAUCAUCGGGAGCGACUUUACAGCAUUGAAAGAUAUUGAACCGAAUGAAGCUGAAGAAGAUUACGACUUUUUGUUGGUGAAACGCGUCAUCGACCACUCUAUUGGCAAAAGAGGAGAAUUUCAUCCGCCCAUUGGGUGCUAUGUCGACGAAGACACCAACCUUGGUGGAUGGGUUGAUUCGCAUGCCCGUGCAAAUAUAAAACAAGAUCGUGGCAUUGGCCGUUUAGACCCUCACAUGCCAGUGGAACGCUUCAAUCCAGAUGAUGAUUGUGACUUGGAACCGUUCAUCUACUGAUUAUGCCAGCAUUGAGAAUCAAGGGCUCACGAGUUUCAGAAUUCAUCUGAGCGUUCGCUAUCACGCUGUCGACAGAUGAAG